ACUACACCAGUGUUUUCCAUUGUGGAUCGCUGGGUGUCCGGUAGGGGGCGCCCGGAUCACUGUUUUGAUAGAAGCCUUGUAGGAAGAAAGUGUCCGCCAUCCGUGCGAACCUGCCCUGAUCUCGAAGAGCCGGCUCGAUAUUAAUAUUUUAGCACCAAAAUGACGACUGCACCGUAUAACUACUCCUAUAUUUUCAAAUACAUCAUUAUUGGUGAUAUGGGGGUUGGGAAGUCGUGUUUACUUCACCAGUUCACAGAAAAGAAAUUUAUGGCGGACUGCCCUCACACGAUUGGGGUGGAGUUCGGCACGCGGAUAAUUGAGGUGAGCGGUCAGAAGGUGAAGCUGCAGAUUUGGGACACGGCGGGUCAGGAGCGGUUCCGCGCGGUCACUCGCAGCUACUACAGAGGAGCCGCUGGUGCACUCAUGGUGUAUGACAUCACCAGGCGAAGCACAUACAACCACCUCAGCAGCUGGCUGACUGAUGCAAGGAAUCUUACCAACCCUAAUACAGUGAUUAUUCUUAUUGGUAACAAAGCAGACCUCGAAGCCCAGCGAGAUGUGACCUACGAGGAGGCCAAACAGUUUGCUGAGGAGAAUGGCCUGUUGUUCCUUGAGGCAAGUGCAAAAACAGGUGAAAAUGUGGAAGAUGCUUUCCUGGAGGCUGCCAAGAAGAUCUACCAGAACAUUCAGGAUGGUAGCCUGGACCUGAACGCAGCAGAGUCAGGGGUCCAGCACAAGCCCACCGCUCCGCAGGGUGGCCGACUGUCCAGCGACGCACAGCCUCAGAAGGAGGGCUGCAGCUGUUAAUGACCAUGAAGACUUCCUUUUCUCUCUCUCUCUCUAUCUGUCUCUCUAUCUCUGUUCCUUUCCAUAUUUACCAUACCAUCCAGAUCCACCCCUCUGCCUCUUUCUCUCUCUGCAGCUCUCUUUCUCUUUGUCUUCUUUCAUUCUGAUCAGCCGGCCUGUGUGAUAGGAAGGUAUUGGAGAGUAGUGUGUUCAGGCUGGGUGGUUCAGAACGACGGAGAAGAAUCUUCACCUUCACCUUUCCUCCUCUCCUCCCUCUUUUCUCUUCCCUCUCCCUCACUCAUUUUGCCUGUUCAUUGCACACACGUCCCUGUGCACCCUGUGAGCACUCACUAGAGGAAGUCUCCUCCAUGGAACACUAAUCUAGAAGGUUGAUAAACUGAAAAAGAGUAAGGAAAACAAACAGAAGAGAAUGAUUUAAGUUUAUCAAUAAGCAGAGUGAUGUGCAAAACUGUAAAUGAAACAUCUCGUGUACAGCAGCUGUUGGAAUACUUAAUUAUUUAAAGAGAUGAAAACUUUGAUAUACGUCUUCUCGUUCGGAAACGAACGCGAGAUGCCACGUUUAGGCGGAAUCCGAUUUUAGAAUGUGCUUGAGAGGAGAUGCAUGAUGACCUGUUCUUGUACAUUUUGUUCAAAGGAGAAAAAAAAAAUCUUAAUUGAUAUUGUAUUGUUUUAAUUAGGAUUUAUGCAGUGUCACAAGUAACAAAUCACCACAUAUUUAUCCCUGUUUGUACCUACUCAAGACAUUAUAAAUAUACUACAACUACUAUACAAGAUGAAUAUUGUUAAACCAAAUGGAAGUCCAUUGUAAAAAGCUACAGAAAUCAGCUGUUCUUUUGGUUGCUUCAGAUGCAAGAUGUUGUUUUAAGAUGUAGAACAGUCAUGAUGAUAGUAAUAUAUUGAACGAAAGAAGAAAAGGACACACAUUUGGAGUCCAUAAGAACGUUUUUUGCACUUUGUAGUUGGUUUUCAACAGCUCUUUUAUUAUCUUAUUAUUAGUCUUAAGUCUGUUAGUCACCCUGGAUGGUUCAGAAUGAAAUGUUUAGCUUACCCCUAAUUAAAUUAAAGCAUCAGUUGUGUAAAGGCCUAUUCACACCUAGUAUUGAUUUUUACAGAUACAAAUAUACAUACAAACAUGUAUUUGAGUCGUGUAUUCUGAAUUUCAGAAAAUGCGCUUUUCUGCGUUUUACUUAUGCAUUCGAAUCAGGCUAACCAGUGGCUGCAAGUGGUUCAAUGCAAUGUCUUGUUGCCUUCAGCAGCCAGAGUCAGAGAGAGCGUAAUUGGCCAUCUAUCUAUCCACUCUCUAGGUGGAUAGAUAGCGCUCUCUCCUCACAUCACUCCCAUUGUGAUGCUGGUUAGCUCAUGCCCAUGUCUGUUGGCUGACGUAUCAGAGCUGGGGACCCGACACUUUCCUCCAAGUGUGUUGGCCGCCUAGUGAUGCUAAAUUGGUGGCAGUGGCUGAUUUCACAUGUAUUGGAGAAGGUAUGCACUUGUCCUGACCCUCCCAGUGUUGGGAGCCUCGAGUUGACCAAUCAGAGCUCCUUUAUCAUGAUAGUAGAUGGGGACAAGACAGAUUAACUUGCUGUUAGCAGAACACAAAAGCUUGUAUGAUAAGAAAUAGCUUUAUGUGCCAUAAGAACUGCAAACUAUAGCCAGCUAGCUUCCACUAUUAAUGAGCACUAGUGCGGAGGGCAAAAAUAAAAGAGAGCAGAAGAGUACAGGGAGCAGAAAAGCAGAAGUGGUGGUGGGAAAGCUAUGGUCUCUCUAGCCUUGUGUACAGAACGCAGAAAGAAAAGAUUUCGAGUAAAAAUUCUAGUAUGUUAAAUAUCACAUACAUUUUUUUUCAUCUGAAAAAAUCCUGCUUUGUGUGAACAGGCCUUAAGGAUCCAAAACUAUCUUACCUUAGCGAAGGAAUUCUCCUCUUAGUUCUUAUACUAAAAAAAUUCAGUGCUCUUCAGAUCCAGUGUAAAUUCUACGCAUAUCAGAAUAUUAUUCUUUUAAUGAUAACUUCUGUUGCCUUAUUUAUGUUUGCUCUCGUGUCCUCCUUUUUUCUGUAAAUCCUGUUCAGUCUGUAAAAUACAGUACAUAAUCAAAAAUUUAAAUCAUCAAAAAAUAGUCACUAAGCCUGAACAGUUUGAACGCAAGUAAUUACAACUAAUUUUAGGCUUUUGAGCCCCUUCCGAAGCAUUCCUCUAGUUUACAUAAAUAACUUUUUUCACAGUGAAGAGUUUGUACUGUAUAAGUACCAGUACCUUACUGCCUCUUCCUUGUAAAAGAACACCAAUAAUAUCUAAGUGACAGGCACCAGAAUGUUCUACCGGUAGACAUCAGAAGGGGAUUAAAAACGGCAAAAAGGUGAAAAGUCAUAAGGAAACACUCCAGGAACAUCUCUGUGUUUGGAUGAGAUUGUAAAGGAGUAUGUGCGGAGUUGUUUUGUAAACUAAAAUUCCUUUUAUAUUAUUAUUUGAUCCAUUCUCUUGCUUUUUUUUCUUUUUGUCUUGGUGACAACUUUAAAAAGGCGUAUAUAUAACCUGCUCUGAAACUCUGAGGUAUGUCUUCUGUAAGUGACAUUUGUUUGUAAUUAUGUUAAUAAAGACAAUGCUGUA